AUGGCCAUCCCGCCGACCCGCCCACGCCCGACACAGCCCGUCCUCAACUCGAACUGGCGCAGGGUCGAGCACCUCGUCCCGCGCGAGCUCCUGAACCAGGUCGACGGCCCGGACGGCGACGACGACGAGUGGGAGGAGGACGAGGUCGAGUACGUCACGCUCGACUUUGGGCCGUACCUCGAGGCCAAGGCGCUCGCCGAGCACGACGCGAUCCAGCUCCUGGCACCCGAGUCGACGACGCCCAUGGCUCUGCUCGGCGACCGCUACUUCCAGGGCCUCCACGAGCCUCUCGUCGGCUCCGACAUCCUCUUCCUGCGCAACGACAACACCACGCCGGCGUUUCAGCCCUUCACGACGUCGUCGCACCGCAUCUCGUUCCAGCCCGUCGCGCUCGUCCCGCCGUCGGGCAUGGCCAACGCCCUCGGCGUCCCACCCCCGUCCAAGGCGCACACUAAGAAGGCGCAGCGCGAGGCCGACGCGGCGGCGGCCGCUGCGGCGGCGGCGGAGCAGGAGGCGCAGGGCGAGUUGGGGCCGGACGGCCAGCCCAAGCGCAAGCGCGGUCGGCCCAAGGGCAGCAAGAACAAGCCCAAGACGUUCUCGGUCGGGCAGUUGACGGGCCAGGCGCCGCUCGGCGACGAGGUUGAGCCUGCCGGCGCGGCGCGAGGGCGCGAGACCCGAGCCAAGGACAAGGGCAAGGGCAAGGAGGUGGUGGGCGAGGAGGAAGGCGAGGACGAGGGCGAGUCGGGCGAGGGAGGAGGAGAGCCGAUGGACGAGGAGUGACCAACGACGACGCUCGCUUUCGCCACCUC